AUGUCUGAGAGAACUGUUGUCACGUGGAAUGCUAUGAUUGCUGGUUAUUGUUCGGUAAAAGAUGAAAAUGGAAAAAACGCUGUGGAUGGGUUGUGUUUGUUUAAGGAAAUGUUGAUGGUUGGUGUGAGUGAAGUUAAACCGAAUGAUACUACUUUGGUUUGCUUGCUUUCUGCGGCUUCUCAGUUAGGUAUGAUGGAAAUUGGUGUUUGCAUACACGAGUUUGCGGUGAAGAUGUUGUGUAAGGUUGAAGAUGAUGUGUUUAUAGGGACCGGACUGGUUGAUAUGUAUUCAAAAUGCGGGUGUCUUGAGAGUGCUUUGUAUGUUUUCUGGCGGAUGAAAUUGAGGAAUGUUUUGACUUGGACUGCGAUGACUAUUGGGCUAGCUAUUCAUGGGAGAGGGAAAGAGGCAUUGGAGAUUUUGUAUAAGAUGGGAGGUGAUGGCGUGAGGCCGAAUGAAACGACUUUUACGAGUUUGUUGUCAGCUUGUUGUCACGUAGGGCUUGUUGAAGAAUGGCUUCGGUUGUUUCGUGAUAUGGAACGGAAAUUUGGUGUGGUGCCUCAGAUACAACAUUAUGGUUGUGUUGUUAAUCUUCUUGGACGAAACGGAAACUUGAACGAGGCUUAUGAUUUUAUCAUGGCAAUGCCGAUUAGUCCGGACGCUCUGAUUUGGAGGAGCUUGCUCAGUGCUUGUAAGAUUCAUGGGGAUGUUGUGAUGGGAGAGAAAGUGGGGAGGUUUCUUCUAAAGUUUAAAGAGAAGAGUUAUGAAGAGUUGGCUCAUAAAAGUGAAGAUUUUGUUGCUUUGUCAAAUGUCUAUGCUUCAGCAGAAAGAUGGAAUGAUGUUGAAGUUGUAAGGGAGAAAAUGAAGACUAAGGGUGUUUUUAAUAAGUCUGGUAUUAGCUCAGUUCAAACUUUGAGCACUUCAUAA